AUGGCGGACGCCCCAGAUAAGACUGACGAGCUCUAUCCCAUAGCUGUUCUCAUUGAUGAAUUAAAGCAUGACGACGUUACUUUAAGACUGAAUGCCAUUCAUCGACUGUCAACAAUCGCCCUCGCACUUGGAGCAGAUCGCACAAGAGACGAGUUGAUUCCCUUCUUAGAUGAAUCCGUCGAAGAUGAAGACGAAGUUCUCACGGCUUUGAGCGAGGAACUCGGAAACUUUGUAGAAUAUGUUGGCGGACCAGAGUUCGGCCAUGUUCUUCUUUCACCCCUCGAGAAUCUCGCGGCCAUCGAGGAACCCCUGGUGCGAGAAAAGGCCGUGGAAUCUUUAAACAAGAUAUGCGAGGAGCUAUCCUCACAACAAGUCGAAGAGUACUUCAUUCCCCUCACGAUUCGACUUUCAAAAGCCGACUGGUUCACCUCAAAGAUCUCCGCCACAGGAUUAUAUAACGUACCAUACAAAAAGGCAUCGCCUCCAAUGCAAGAGCAGCUUAGGCAACAAUUUGGCCUUUUAGUUCAUGACGAAACUCCUAUGGUCCGAAGACAGUCCGCAAACAACUUGUCGAAAUUUGUGAAGGAAAUGCCCGCUACAAUAGUUGUGGAAGAAAUGAUACCCUUGUUCCAACACCUUGCCGGCGACGACCAGGAUAGCGUACGUUUGUUGACAGUAGAAAUUUUGAUUGCAAUUGCGGAAGUCGUACCAAAGGAGCAGCAAUCAAGCCAUGGAGUUCUACUUACAUCCUUGAGGAGUUUGAUCGAAGAUAAAAGUUGGAGGGUGAGGUAUAUGGUAGCUGAUAGAUUUGAGAAGAUUGCAAAAGCGGUUGAUGAUGAAGUUGUAACAAGAGAUCUUGUACCAGCAUUCGUCAAAUUAUUGAAAGACAGUGAAGCAGAAGUCCGUACAGCAAUUGCUGGUCAAAUUCCUGGUUUCUGCAAGCUUGUCGAUCACACCACCCUCUUAAAUGACAUCAUGACCACUGUCGAAGACUUGGUUUCUGAUACUUCUCAACACGUUCGGUCUGCCCUUGGUACCCAGAUCAGUGGCCUUGCACCAAUUCUUGGCAAGCAAGAGACCAUCGAUCACUUACUCCCGAUGUUCUUGCAAAUGCUCAAAGAUGAGUUUCCAGAUGUCCGUUUACAUAUAAUCUCCAAGUUGGAGUUAGUGAACCAAGUCAUUGGCAUUGAUCUCCUCUCACAAUCUCUUCUUCCUGCUAUUGUACAGCUUGCUGAGGAUAAACAAUGGCGUGUUCGCUUGGCAAUCAUUGAGUACAUUCCUCUAUUGGCCAGUCAACUCGGUGUUCAAUUCUUUGACGAAAAGUUGGCUGCGCUCUGCAUGGGCUGGCUAGGAGAUACAGUCUUCUCUAUCCGUGAUGCGGCAACAAAGAAUUUGAAGAAGCUCACCGAAGUUUUUGGCGUCGAUUGGGCAAAUGAAGCCAUCAUUCCAAAGGUUAUGGCUAUGGGAGCUCAUCCAAAUUAUCUUUACAGAAUGACCACCUGCUUUGCAAUUACAACACUUGCACAAGUUGUCAGUCUCGAUGUUGUCUCAAAUUCCAUCCUACCUAUGAUGGACAAAUUAGUAGCCGACGAGAUUCCAAAUAUUCGUUUCAAUGUCGCCAAAUCAUACUCUGAGAUUAUCUCAGUUCUCAAGAGAUUGCCAGAUGAGGGUACUGUUUAUUCGCUAGAGAAGUCUGGUAGCUCAGAACCACCCUCGGCUAGAGGUCAAGAACUUAUCCAAGAAAGAAUCCUACCAAAUUUGGAAAAGUUGCAAAAGGAUGAUGAUGUCGAUGUUCGGUUCUUUGCUACUACGGCUGCAGCUUCUAUUUCUGGUGAGCCUAUGGAAACCUCAUAG